CUCCCAUUCUCUUUUUUCUUUUUUUUUUCCCAUAUAUAUAUAUAUAAAUUUGUCAAUUCCCUUUACAUCCUUCUUUUUCUUUUUUUUUUUUUUAAUUAAAAAUUGUACCAAUAAUCUUAGCUUUUUCUCUACCUUGUACUCAUCAAUUUUCACAAUUAACCUAGAUUCUUGUCCUUUAUAAAUAAACCCUUCAUGCAUUCUAAGUUCUUACACAUUCCCCCCCUUCAUUUUCCACUAUUUACUUUCUCUCUGUUUUUUUUGGGCCCAAAAUUAAACACAUAUGGCUGAUUUCCAAGCCAAAUCAAACACAACACCUUUCAAAUUAAAACUCUUUGGCUUUGAUGUAAGAGAAGAAUUAGAAGAUGAUGAUUCCGCCGCCAAAACCCCAACUGGGUCAUCGGAAUCCGGCGUUUUUACCCCUUCUGCCGACCGGAAAUACGAGUGUCAAUAUUGUUGCCGUGAAUUUGCCAAUUCACAAGCCCUCGGCGGCCACCAAAACGCCCAUAAAAAAGAAAGGCAGCAACUUAAACGUGCUCAAUUACAAGCCACUCGUAACGCCGCCGUUGCUUAUGUUAGAAACCCAAUUAUCUCCGCCUUUGCUCCUCCGCCUCACCUUCUCGCCACAGCCGCUCCUCCCGGCCAAUUCCUCCUCCCUAACCCAGCCACCGCCGGAACUCCCUCCUCUUCCUGGGUCUACAUGCCUCGUACUGGACCGCCGCCGAUCCACGUGUCGUCACAUGGGUGUGUCUUUCCGACGUCCGGCGGUGGAGGGNGUGGAGGGACGGCGGCGAUGUUGUCGUCGUACGGCGGUGGUGUAGGGAAUUCGAUGGCAUUCACGAUGGGGACUCAAGUGGAAGGAGUUUCGUUGAAGAGAUUCAGCAAGGGGGAAAAUGGAUCGGGUUUUGAUGACGGAAUUGGGUUGGAUUUGCAUUUGAGAUUGGCUCCGGCGGCGCCAUGAAAACCGCCAUGACUCGCUCCAAACUCGGAACUCGACUCGGUUGAUUUAAUUUUUUUUCCUACGUUUUUUGUGUAUGCAAAAUUUUUCAAAAACCCUUGGAAUCUUGUACAUUCUUCUUUUUUCUUUUAUUUAUUUAUUAUUAUUAUUACUAUUAUUAUUAAUCAGAUCGAUCUCUCUCGAAACCCAAAACACAUUUGUUCAUUCCUCCGAUGUGAAAUGUCGAUGAUUAAUUUCAACCCUACAACCACUCCA